CAGCCCCUGGUUAGCUAGAUAACUAACUAGAUAGUCUUGGGAUGGCUGCAGAAAGAAUCAUAUCCGCGGUUUCAGACUACCCAGAAUUAUAUAACUCAACUUUGACUUCAUAUAGAGACCCGAUAAAAAAAUCGGAUGCAUGGAAGGCUGUGGGUAAACAACUGGGACUGAAAGAGGAAGAUGCCCGAAAGAAAUGGAGAAACCUGAGGGAUGUGUUCACAAGGAAAGUGAAAGCAGAUCGGAUCCGUGGUGCCACAGGGAAGGCCCUAAAAAAAUGGAGAUAUAGUGAGUUAAUGGCAUUUCUGAUCCCAUACAUACAGCGAGGUAGAGGAACUGGCGGCAGCAAUAGCACAGAGGAGUUUGAUGAUGGAAAAGAUGACACAACUAGCACCUCUGAUGUCCUGAUUGAUCUAGAUGGAAGUGUGGUUGAUACCAAGAUGUCACCACCUUUGGACAACAACUUACAUGAGAUGACAUGGAAAGAUUCCUGGCAAACAGCUGGACAAGGAGACAAUGAGGAUGAGAUGUUUUUCAUGAGCCUACUCCCUCACCUCAAGCGGUUACCUUACAGGAAAAAGUGUGCAAUUAAGCUGAAAUUUCACCAACUUCUCCACAAUGCUGAAUUUGAGGACACCGACUAGCCUAACUGUACAGUAAAUAUAUUUUGUAUCAACGAGUUGGGACUUUCUUAGGACAGAACGUUUUGUUGGAAAUACAUUUGAUCAAUUUCCAUUUAGUUACCUUGAGAAAGUGUCCAAUAGUGCUUCUUUGGAACCCCUCCCCCCACACACACAAACCUUCCAAGUUUGAGCCCACUGGUGAUGUUUCAGUGUGUUCGUGAUAGACAGGAGGGGGCUGUAGUACUUAACCGGACUAAGCUAUAAACAUUAUUUGUUUAAAAUGUUUUCUUUCUCCUAAUAUGUGGAAAGGGCUGCUUUUAGCCAAGACCCUUUAUACAUGUAUUAUAUAUACGAACACAUGGAGAUGGUUUAUUACUUAGAAUUUUAUUUGUAAAAAAAUAUUGUAACAAUGUUGGUCUGUUUAGUGUCACCUCUGGUCACAUUCAUACAGGCAUAGCCAAGAGAUGUUUGUGGGUGGUGGCUAAUACAGGACGAGUAAAGGCCCAGUUCACUACUUUUAUUUUUUUAGGGGGUGCUUCAGCACCACUACUUCCUGUGGCUAUGCAUACAGGUAUGCAUUUUGUUGCUCCUGGAAUACUUUAGUCUGGUUGUAAAAAUAAAAACAGUUGAGUAAAUGUUCUCCAUGCUAGUGCAAUAGUUGCUCUUUUGACAAUUUAUACUUUGUCUUUACUUUUUGAAGUUGGCUAUUUUAGAAUGUUAUUGAGCUUAAUAAAAGUUGUGGUUAAAUGCUGCCCCAUUUCA